AUCCCUCUCAUUCUUGUCGUUCUCUUCUUUCGUUCUCUCCGAGAGGCGUCUUGAAACCGUUUCCAUAUCUCCUCCCGUUUCAAGAAACCAGAGCCUUGCUUUCUCUUUCUAUCUCCCCGUCGCUGCCGCCUUUGACGUCAGAUUGCUUGCAUCAGAAGAAAAAGGAUGAACUAAAGUAGCCCCCUUUUUUGGAGAGGAAAUUAGGUUUUUGACUUGGGCUUGAUUUAAGAUGUGUAUGAUUUAUGAUAACCUAGAAUGUGAGAGUUCAUCUGGCGUUUGUUCAGUUAGAAUUUAGAAUCAGUGGAUCCAUCUGAGGCUCUGAGACAGUUCGGUGGGCUGAUCACUUUGGAGAAAAGUCCGAAAAGGGACAAUCUUUGACAAAAGGUGCUUUAUCUUGUGACACUGUCUAUUCAAAGGAAGAGCAAUGGAUAAAGAUCCAUGGUAAUACCAGUAAAAUGAUUGAAAGCAUUCUCUUCUGUGAAGUUCAUAUUGGGAUUGUCAUUUAUCUAACACUAUUCUGCAAGAAAGCUCUUCUCUAGAGCUGAUGAUCAUGUAUGAGCAAGAUCCAGACAUCAUUCGGUGGGGUCUCCAUCUUCUUCAAGGUGACCCUGCUUCAAAUUCUGAGUAUUGUGGGACUGAUAAUCAAAAUGAUGUCAGUGUUUAUAAUGGGAAUUACACCAGGGAAUUUAGAGAUGAUGGUACUACUGUAGAGAAUGAUGAAAUAAUUGCCCAAGCUCUUCAGGAAGAAUUUUCACAAGUUGCUGUUGCAGAAGCAUCUGGACCUUCACAUGCAGGUGAAGAGAAGUUGCAAGCAUCUGUCCUUGCACAAGAUUGGUCUGGUUCAACUAUAAGUGAUUUUAUUUCAGUGCCUCUUCAUGAAAGAACAGAAGACAUGGAAAGUUCAUGUUCAAGCCCUGGAGAAAAGUUAUAUGAUGGCGACGAGUACUCAAUAGAGCUUACAGAUGAUUUUUCUACCUUAGAUGGUGAAGUAGGCAAGAGGCUGAAUCAGAUGGUUCCUGUUCGUCAUGUCCCUAGAAUUAAUGGGGAAAUUCCUUCUGCUGAUGAAGCCACAACAGAUCACCAAAGACUUCUUGAUAGGUUGAAGUUAUAUGAUUUGGUUGAACUUAAGGUUCAAGGAGAUGGUAAUUGUCAGUUCCGAGCACUAUCUGAUCAGUUCUACCGUACUACCGAGCAUCACAAGUUUGUGAGACAACAAGUUGUCAAUCAGCUUAAGUCUCAUCCUGAGAUCUAUGAUGGAUAUGUUCCAAUGGCUUAUGAUGAGUAUCUGAAAAAGAUGUCCAAGAAUGGAGAAUGGGGUGACCAUGUCACAUUACAGGCUGCUGCAGAUUCGUAUGGCAUUAGAAUAUUCAUCCUAACAUCAUUCAAGGAUACUUGCUACAUUGAGAUUCUCCCUAAUGUUCAGAAGUCUAAACGAGUUAUUUUCUUGAGCUUUUGGGCUGAGGUGCACUACAACUCAAUCUAUCCUGAAGGAGAGCUGCCAACACUAGAAAGCAAGAAGAAGAAAAGGGGAAUCCUCUCAGAACAGUUCCCUUGUUCGCUGAUGUAGUUGAUCGAGCAAGCGCGUAGCAGGAAAGGAAGGGAUACGUUUCAUUUGCUGAUUUGCAUUAGUUCCAUACAUAGUUUCUGUACAUACUUCUAGGUCAAACUAAUGCUAUUUGUUGCAUUUAUAGGGAAGGAAAUGAAAUUCAAUUUAUUCACUUCAUUCUUUUUUCUCUCUGUCCCCUUUUGAGAUGCAAAUAAUGUUGAUUUUAUGUAAGGAUGGCGGGCAGACAGCACAACUGCUCCUUAAUAAAACCAUGUUAAUAAAUGGCUAGUCUUUGCGCGCUA